GCAGCCGCCGCCGCAGCCGGCCGGGCGGGAUCCCCGGGGCGUCGCAGGCUGGGAGCCCCGCUCGCUCUCCGCGCCCGCGCUUUCGCCCCCGGCCCGCCCCUCGCCGCGUCGGUCCGCUGGCCGGAGCCGGCUGCCCCGCUCGCCCCCCGGCUCGGAGCCCAGGCUCUCGCCCGCCGGGGCCGCCGUGCAUGACACCUGGCCGGCGGCCAUGGAGGGGGACGGUGCCGACUCGCCGGUUACCAUUAAGAAUAUCGAGAGAGAGCUCAUUUGCCCAGCAUGCAAGGAGCUGUUCACCCACCCGUUGAUUCUCCCCUGUCAACACAGCAUCUGUCAUAAGUGUGUGAAAGAACUUCUCUUGACUUUUGAUGAUUCAUUCAAUGAUGUGGGCUCAGACAACUCCAAUCAGAGCAGCCCUCGCAUCCGGCUCCAUUCCCCCAGCAUCGACAAACUUGACAGGAUCAGUAGACCAGGCUGGAAGCGCAAUUCAUUGACUCCUAGAACAACCACUCUUCCCUGCCCUGGCUGUGAGCACGUUGUGGAUCUUGGAGAACGAGGAAUCAAUGGUUUGUUUAGAAAUUUCACUUUGGAAACAAUUGUUGAAAGGUACCGCCAGGCCGCUAGGGCAGCCACAGCCAUUAUGUGUGACCUUUGUAAGCCACCACCCCAGGAAUCCACGAAAAGUUGCAUGGACUGUAGUGCCAGCUACUGCAACGAAUGCUUCAAAAUCUAUCAUCCUUGGGGCACUGUGAAGGCUCAGCACGAGUAUGUGGGUCCAACCACCAAUUUUAGACCCAAGAUUCUGAUGUGUCCCGAGCAUGAGACGGAGAGAAUCAACAUGUACUGUGAGUUAUGUAGGAGACCAGUCUGUCAUCUCUGCAAGCUGGGUGGCAAUCAUGCCAAUCAUCGUGUGACCAGUAUGAGCAGUGCCUACAAGACCUUAAAGGAAAAGCUUUCAAAGGACAUCAGUUACCUCAUUGGUAAGGAGAGCCAGGUGAAGAGUCAAAUUUCGGAACUCAACUUGUUAAUGAAAGAGACAGAGUGUAAUGGAGACAGAGCUAAAGAAGAUGCCAUUGAACAGUUUGAGAAGCUCCGUGGAAUUCUAGAAGAGAGGAAGACGUUCGUUUUGAAAGCCAUCGAUGCUUCCAAGAAACUACGGUUAGACAAAUUCCAGACGCAAAUGGAAGAGUAUCAGGGGCUCCUGGAGAACAGCGGGCUAGUGGGCUACGCUCAGGAAGUGCUGGAGGAGACAGAUCACUCCUGCUUUGUUCAGACAGCAAAACAGCUCCACCUCAGGAUACAGAAAGCUACGGAGUCUUUGAAGAGCUUUCGACCUGCUGCUCAGACUUCAUUUGAAGAUUACAUUGUUAAUAUCUCAAAGCAAACAGAACUUCUCGGAGAACUGUCCUUUUUCUCCAGUGGCAUAAAUGUGCCAGAGAUCAACGAAGAAGAGAGCAGAGUGUAUAACAACGCUUUGAUAACUUGGAGCCAUUCGGACAAAGACAAAGCCAACAGCUACGUCCUUGAGUAUCGGAAGAUAAACCGAGAUGAAGAAAUGUUAUCUUGGAAUGAGAUAGAAGUGUUUGGCACAAAUAAAGUGAUUUCCGAUCUUGAAAAUAAUUGUAGCUAUGCCUUCCGAGUGCGAGCUUACAAGGGAUCCCUCUGUAGCCCUAACAGCAGAGAACUGAUUCUCCAUACUCCACCGGCUCCAGUUUUCAGUUUCCUUUUUGACGGAAAGUGCGGCUAUAACAACGAGCAUCUAGUGCUGAACCUGAAGAGAGACCGCGUGGAGAGCAGAGCGGGGUUUAACCUGCUGCUCGCUGCCGACCGCAUCCAGGUGGGCUCCUACACCAGCCUGGACUACAUCAUCGGGGACGUGGGCAUCACCAGAGGGAAGCACUUCUGGGCCUUCCGGGUGGAGCCCUAUUCCUACCUGGUCAAAGUGGGAGUGGCUUCUAGCGACAAACUGCAGGAGUGGCUCCGCUCUCCCAGGGAUGCAGUUAGUCCAAGGUACGAGCAGGACAGCGGGCAUGACAGCGGAAGUGAAGACACUUGUUUCGACUCUUCACAACCGUUCACGUUAGUUACUAUAGGCAUGAAGAAGUUUUUUAUACCCAAGUCACCGACUUUCAAUGAACCCGAGAACAGAGUUCUUCCUAUGCCUACAAGCGUCGGCGUUUGUCUCGACUACGACAAAGGCAAGGUCAGCUUCUAUGACAUGGACCACAUGAAAUGUCUGUACGAACGCCAAGUGGACUGCUCUCACACCAUGUACCCAGCGUUUGCAUUAAUGGGCAGUGGAGGAAUUCAGCUGGAAGAAACCAUCACAGCAAAAUAUCUAGAGUACCAGGAGAAUGCAUAGGUUAGACAUCAGAUGUGGCUUAGAAUGAAAAGCGUGAGCAAAAGAAUGCCUACGUGUUAACCUUUGUAACUAAUUACAUAUCAUCUAAGUA